AUGAAUACACCCUCUACAUCAUUCUAUCACAAGACGCCGAACGGCACAAAGUUGCAUUUUACACAAACGGGUAAUCCGUCAGGUCCUCUCGUUAUCCUGCUUCACGGACUGGGUGGAUCGACCAAAACAUUCGAGCCAAUUCUCCAGUGUCUCUCGCCACAGAUCAAUCGCUUGAUCUGUGUUGAUUUGGAAGGAUUUGGCCAAACAGCUUUGUCCUCGCCUGACACGAUCCUCUCUGUCCCUCGAUAUGUCGACGACCUGGAACAUCUCGUGGCAUCUCUGCAAAGCUCUCCUGGGGUCUCGUCCGGGAAGUUGUUAUUCAUCGGUCACAGCCUCGGAUCUAUCAUCUCAAUGCACUACGCUUCAAGGCACCCAAAUCGAAUUCGUGGUCUCGUCUUGCUUGGACCAGGCCGCUCAAUUGCCCAUGUUCCCGCCGCAAGAGAGCGAAUGCUAGGCUUAGCGGCAAAAGCGCGGACAGAAGGUAUUCAAACUGUGGCAGAUAUGGCAGCUAUAUCCAACUUUCCGCUUGAAGGCAUGGUUCCACCCGAGGUCCGCCAAAUCGUGAGGGAAACGGUGGCUAGCUGUGAUGCUGAAGCCUACGCUAGAGCAUGUGAGGCAAUCGCAGGCCUUGAUCAUCUAGAUCCAGAUUACAACUCCAUCUGCGCUCCGACCUUAUUCUUGGUAGGAGGUGGCGAUAUCAUAUCUACCCCAGACUCAGCUGGGGGACUACAGCAGUUGAUUGGAAAAAAUUCAACGGUGAAGGUUCUUGAGGGUGUUGGACAUCAGAUGAUUCUCCAUAAUUUUGAGGGCUCUACUGAGGCGAUCAAAGUUUUUGUCGAAAGAUUAGAUGAAUAA